UGCGCCCGUACGAUCGGCGCUCCAGGCUUGAUGCUCACAUAACUCGACAGCUUCCAGUGCUCGAGUCGACUACUGCGUCGUGUGAAAAUUGCGUUUAAUUAAAGUAUAAAGGCCACUCACUAGCUAAUAAACCUCACCACGUCGGUAAACAUAUUAGUCUGCAUAUUAUCCGUGCCGCGCCCGUGACAAAAUGAGCUCAGAAAGGACGGAGAUUGCAUAUCCGUUGCCAGAGGUGCACAGAUCGAAACCACAGACUUGUAGGUCCAGUGUUAAGCUGGGCCUGGGCGUCAACGAACAAACGGGUCGCCUACAAUGGUGUCCCGGUCUGACUUGUUGCAAAAUUUUACUAUUACUUCCAGUGAUUCUGCUGCCAUUGCUGCUGGUGUUGGUGCUGUUGAUACGAAUGGACAGCAUGCUUACUGCACUGCAGUUGAAUAAAAAUGGUCGUCAGUCGGCCAACCUAGUCGUGCCCAGCUAUUUGGAUGACUACGAGUCACUGCUGCCCGAGGGCGAGACUUAUAAUGAACUGAUCAAUGAUGAAUUCCUGGUGCCACAGGCGAAGCGAUCGCAGCUGGAGACGCAUGCAGCGGAACGAGCCAAGCGUUGUCUGUCCUUUCGUUAUGCCAAUGGUGAGACGCUGGAGCUGGAGGAACGUGAGCUUAUGAAGGAUGCGCGCACGUCCUUCCUGCCACACAGUGUGAACGCUCUUCCACAAGAAUGCUUGGAUACUGUCGCCAAUUCGGCACACAAAGCCAAUGAUCUAGAAACUGGUGCUGUUUCGGAGGGAGAUAUUGACGACGACGGCGACGUAAAACGCGAAUUUUACACGAAUCACAAAAAAGCCAUACCACGUCGUUACCUAGAGACCCCACAUUAUUGGGCUUGGAGACUGAAGGAUUGGGAAGAGGCUCGUGAACGGGAAAGACGUAAUGUGGGUGUGCGGAUAAUACGCGAAGCUUCCGAGGCAGAUGAUCAAGGUGAAGACAGUAUGGAGGACUUGGAGUCACAAAUAUUGGAAACUACUGCCGCACUGCAGUCUUUUUGGAAUGAGCAGGGCACUCGAGAAGGCAUACGACAAGCACAAGCCAAGACCAUGCAACGUUACAUGGACCUUAAGGUUGAUCCUUGCGUUGACUUCUACAAAUACGCCUGUGGAAAUUGGGAGAAAUUGCAUCCCAUACCGAAGGACAAGGCAGGUUUUGACACCUUCGAAAUGUUACGCGAAAGUCUUGACCUUGUACUGCGCAAUCUACUCGAAAAGACUACAGCUCCCUCCGAGGCGCGCAAGAACCAGUUGGAACAGACAGAAAUACGCAACAAUCUUUUUAAGUUGAGUGAGCAUGAGGGGCCUACAGAGGAGAAGACCGCGGCGGCGGAGAAAGCGGAACAGGAGACAGAGGCCGAGCAACUGCGUAAACACAUCGUGCGUCGACGUAACAUUCUCAAUCGAGUACUGGUGCGGUACAAGCGACGCACGAAUGGCACAAAACGGAAGCGACUUAUUGAAACGCCACGUGACAAACCCAAGGAUGAAGAUUUGCUGAAGGAGAAGGACAAGGAAAAGCAAAACAAGGAGGAGCAUGUACACCAUUCCUCGGAAACAGCGAGCACCAACGAAUAUGCCAAGCCCAAAUACGAUGCGCAAGUAAAAGCAAAAAACCUCUACAAAUCCUGUGUGAACAACGAGCUGCUAAGUCGUCGCGGUCUGGAGCCCCUUCACAAGCUCAUCCGGGAUCUAGGAGGUUGGCCCGUUCUGGAUAGUAAAUGGACCGACGCCAACUUCAAUUGGCUGCAAUUGGCGGCCACAUUACGACGCUAUAACAAUGAUAUACUGAUAGUUCAAUGGGUUGGAGCCGACAUUAAGAACUCUGAGGAGAACAUCAUACAAUUUGAUCAAACGGGCUUGGGGCUGCCCACACGCGAGUACUUCCUACAGCACAGCAAUGCCAAAUAUCUGCUAGCCUACCAGCGUUAUAUGUCCGAGGUCAUGCACAAGUUGGGCGCAGCGAAGUCCGACGCCUUGCGUACAGCCACCGAAAUGAUUGCCUUUGAAACACAGCUGGCCCGGAUCACAGCGCCUGCAGAGCAGCGUCUCAAUGUCACCAAACUAUACAAGCGCAUGUCCUUGCAACAACUACAUAGCACCGUACCCCAAAUCAAUUGGGCUGGAUACCUGAGCACGCUGCAGAAUCGUGAAGUGCGCGAUGGGGAGGAGGUGGUCAUCUAUGCUAUCGAAUAUAUGAAACAACUGGUGGCACUGAUCGCCGAAACCGAGCCGCGGACCGUAGCCAACUAUAUGAUGUGGCGCUUUGUGCGCCAUCGCAUCAACAAUGUGGACGAUCGCUUCGAUGACAUCAAGCAGAGCUUCUAUCAUGCGCUUUUUGGGCGCGAAGAGAGCCCACAACGCUGGAAGGUGUGCAUAUCACAGGUAAACACCAACAUGGGAAUGGCCGUGGGGUCCAUGUUCGUCAGCCGAUACUUUGAUGAUAAUAGCAAACGGGAUACGCUUCGGAUGACCCACGAGCUCCAACAGGCAUUCCGCGACAUACUCAAGACCACUGAUUGGCUCGAUCAUGCCACCAAACAGCUAGCCGAGGAGAAGGUAAAUGCUAUGUCAUUAAAAAUUGGCUAUCCCGACUUUAUACUCAAUGCUGGCGAGCUCAACGAAAAGUAUGCUGGCAUUGAGAUUCAUCCAGAUAAAUAUUUCGAGAACACUCUGAACGUGCUGCUGCACACAGCGAGGACGGAGCAGUCAAAGCUUCAUGAACGUGUCAAUAAGACCAACUGGCAAACGGCGCCGGCUAUCGUGAACGCCUACUACAGUCGCAACAAGAAUCAAAUAAUGUUUCCAGCGGGCAUAUUGCAGCCACCAUUCUACCAUCGUCACUUUCCCAAGUCACUGAAUUUCGGUGGAAUCGGUGUAGUCAUUGGCCAUGAGCUGACGCACGGAUUCGAUGACAAGGGCAGGCUAUUCGACAGCAAUGGCAAUAUACACAAAUGGUGGACCGAUGCCUCCAUUCGCGGAUUCGAUGAGCGUGCCCGCUGCAUUAUUGCACAAUAUAGUAACUAUACGGUUGAAGAGGUGGGCAUAGCCCUCAAUGGCGAAAGCACACAAGGUGAAAAUAUUGCAGAUAACGGUGGCCUGAGACAGGCAUUCCAUGCCUACAAACGCUGGCUGAACGAACAUCCACAGGAGGCUGGGGAGGAGCGUCUUCCGGGCCUUAAUAUGACUGGGCCGCAAUUGUUCUUCCUAAACUUUGGCCAAGUGUGGUGCGGCGCUAUGCGUCCUGAGGCUAUACGAAAUAAACUAAAUACGGCCAUACAUAGUCCGGGCCGAUAUCGGGUCAUUGGCACAUUAUCCAACUCAUAUGAUUUUGCGCGGGAGUUUCAUUGUGCCGCCGGCACGCCUAUGAAUCCGUUCCACAAGUGUAGCGUGUGGUAGCCUUUAGCGCAUUUACCUAUUAACCUAAGAGUAUUAACAGUGGCUUGCGCGUUAGAACAAGCGUACGUGGUUGUGUGUGGCUGGUAGCUUUCUCGUUAUACAUAUGCCUCCUCCAGGCCGAGCCAGACCAGGCCAGGCCAGGCGCCCCACAAUUCACUUGGCACACCCUUGUUUUGAAACAACAACAUCGCAGCUGUACGCGAACUUCAACUGCUUAGCUUUUAUUGCAUACCCCAACGGACUUGCCAAUCAAACUGUAUUACAAGCAUAGAAGAUGAACUCAGAGCACAUAAUAUUUAUGUAGAGAAAAUUGUGCCAAAAUGUUGCAAUUUACUUGUUUGUUGCAACUCUUUAUACUAUAUAUUUUAUAAAUAGAACAUGUCAUAUUUUUCUAGUUAUUUCAUAUAAUUUAGCUUAAGCGAUUUAAAAAUUUGUGAUAAUUCCAACAAAAUGUAAAUAAAACCAUUUAAUAAAAUCAAAAUAAGCAAAAGCCCUUUCAAA